GAGAGCGGGGAAGGACGGGCGAAAGUGCUUUUGGAGUCCCGUUCCGGCGCUUUUCCUCCUUCUCUUUCUCUCUCACACUCUGCAACCCCCGCCAAUCCUGCACCUCCUCAGACUAUGUAGUCAUCGGGCUCUCUUAUGAGCCUUGUGACGCCGUGCUUCAAAUCCAUCUACAAUUCUCAAUUGUCUCGCCCUCCUUUCGCUCAGAAGGAGCUUGCAAUCGCGCGCAAGAGCUCCCUCGCAAUCCGGUGCUGCUGGAAGCAGUGGUCAACAAUCCUCGACACCGUUGCGAGAACUUGUUCUAUUUUUUAUAUCCACCUUAAAAUCAUUAUAUCUAAAAGCUUUCGAUCCCUACGAGCCCUUUCGCCAUUAUGUCACCUCGUCGCUCCUCUCGGGCUCGCACCACACAACCUUCCCCAGCCCUCCUCCAACACACCAACUCCUCCAACUCCUCCGUUUCCACUACCCGCGAGAGGAGCACUCGUUCAAACCAUAAAAAUAAUUCUCCUCAGGGCUCCUCGGGCCAUCGAUCCCAAUCCAUCGACGAUGGCGAAAAUGGCUCGAGGACCGACCUCCCACAAACGCGCCAGCGUCAGCGCGCCCACGACGAUGACGAAGACCCACCCCGCGAGGAGGAUGAAGACGAUAUAGAAGAGGAGGAAGAGGAAGAAAUCACAAGAUGCCUAUGUGGGCAGCAGGAUUAUCCAGGCUUGCCUCCCUCUCGUCGCGAAGCUCUCGGUCGCAGCAUUGUCAAGCCAGAGUCGGUGCACCCACCCACUGAUUCGUCUGAUAUACUGCCCGAUGAUAUUGGGAGUAUGUUUAUCCAGUGCGACACCUGCAAAGUUUGGCAGCAUGGUGGUUGUGUGGGAAUCAUGGACGAGGAAAUGAGCCCCGAUGAAUAUUUCUGCGAGGAGUGCCGGAAAGACUUGCACAAAAUCCGGGGCGAAGCGAAUGGCCAGCGCUCCUCCACCUACCUUCCUGUUGUACCAGCUUCGUCGCCUGCACCCUCAUCUCGACCCGUUUCUCGUGCCUCCUCUAGAGAAACCACCUCCCGACGUUCCAGGGAUCCCAAGUCAAGAACUAGCGAUGGUGACAUGAACCCGAAGAGGCGGUCCACCAUGAACAGCCGGGAUGCCGCUUACGAUGAGGAGGAACUGAUUCGGCGAGCCAUUGAGGAAAGCAAGGAAGAUACCAAGAGUCUUCCCGACGACUCAUCUAUUCGGCGAGGCAAACGAAGCCGAAGUGCCAGCGAAGUUAACAGACCCGGUGCAAAGCGUCAGCGAACCGCUUCACCCUCUCCAGCUGCUAUUUCGAGUCACAUACCAUCCCAACCUCCAUCCGAUGACGAGUCCAAAGCCAGAGUACCAGUCCUGAAUGGCACUCGGAGACAGAGAGCUACUUCUCGAAGUCAGCGUGACAAAGAACCAACCAAGGAUGCCGAUGAAGGUGAGCCAGAGGCUCCAGAGAAUCUGGCCCGUCGAAAAGAAAAGACUAAAAGCCGCAAGGGUGAAGAAUCCGAGCAUGAACCCGCAUCUCCAACCAAAGCAGCCCCACCAGCGGAGCCGGAACCGGUCCAAGCAAGCCCUAAUACACCUACACCUCAAGAACCAACGCCCGCUCGGCCAUCCACUCGGAAAUCAGGGCGCCCACCAGCUCGCCGAGGUCGUGUUGGACGUAAUCAAUACACCAAGGAUCGCGAUACGAAUGGCACUGGUACCGAGUCACCCCGCCGUGGGCACUCCCAUGAUAUUGGAGGAGAGUCACCCAGGGUAGGGUACGGUGCAAAUGGAAUACAUAUAAAUGGAGGGGACACCGGGCGGCCGAGCAAACCCCGCCACAUGCACCCACAACGCACGACUAUGAACGAGAUGAAAAGACGUGUGGCGGCCAUCCUUGAGUUCAUUUCCCGCAUGCAGGUUGAAAUGGCCGUUGCCAGCGAGAACUCUUCCACCCCCAUUGGCAACGGUGACCAGGCCCAGGGCCUCCUUUUGAAGAGCAUGGUCGAUCAAAUCGACAACCUCAUGCCCUCGACCAGUGAUGGCGGCGAAUCUGCGCCCACUGACGGCGGUGACAUGGAAAAGACAUUUAAGGACCUGAGCAGCGUGGAGAUGAUGGAUGUUCUCACGCGUCACCUUCUCAAAUGGCAACAAGAGUAUGGCAAGUUCGGUGAGCGGUAGCCCUGCCGUGUCACCUGCACUUGUGUCUCUGUCUGGCCUUUCUGUUGGUGCUUCUCAAUACGAUACCCCUGUUUCAGCUGUUCCUGUCGGCGGUUGUAAAGUAGAACGUCUACUGGCGUUUAUUUUUGUUUAUCUGUGUUCUACUCAUAUCGGACUGGCGUCAUUAUUAUCAUUGGAGAAUGAGGCUGGUGAUGGUUAAUUAUUUUGCUACCUCCAAGCUGUUCUGUGGACUUUACCAUCUCAAUUCAUGGUUUGUUUAUGUC